UGGGGGGAAUAUGAUUGAUCGGCAAAGUGUUCCUACUGACCGAGCUGGGAACCGGAAUUAAAAUGGCUGCAUUGCGACGGUGGGUGCAGCUUCACCGAGUUUAUAGUGCUUGUUUGCUGAAGCCACGCUGCAUCUCAUCAACUGCGGUCGUACAAGGAGAAUGGAAUAAAGAUUGGAUGCCUAAGCCAUACCCAAAAACUGAAGAAGAGAGAAAAGCUGCAGCCAAGGAAUAUGGUUUACUGCCAGAAGAUUACACUCCCUUGCCUGAUGACGGUAAUGGUCAUGGUACUUAUCCCCAGUUUCCAUUAAUAGGUGAUGAGCAAAAGGAUCCCUAUGAAAAUUGGGAUGACCCUGUGCUGAGAAGAAACUUUGGAGAUCCUCUUCACAUCUACCAUGAGUCAUUAGUAGCAGAUAAGAGUGAUCCUGCUAAAUACUAUAGAACUAAACCAUGGAAAAUGAUUUGUACUUUUGUUACUAUAUAUAUGUUCAUCCUUGUCUCAUGGAUAUAUUCAACACAAUAUGGUAUGCUAAAUUCAAAGUACUCAGAUUGGUAUCCCUAUGCUAAAGUAGGCCGCUACAUUCGAGGAAGAGUUCUGCCAAGUGGCGAGAGACAAAUUCACUACACAUUUGAGCCUGCAGAAUAAGCCCCGCCUCUAUCUGAAGUCAAGUGACUAUAUACUCCUCUGUUAAAGUCUCUCAAAUCAAUGUAAUAUUUAUUGUAGUGAAAACAAGAGUUCUUGACUUUUAACAGCAAAGAAAAAAUAGUAAUGAUGAAAACUGUUGCAUGUCAACAGAUACAUUUAUAUUGAGUGAAUUGGUUAAAUUACAUGUAUUUGUUAAUAAAUGUGCUUUUAAAUGUA